UAUAUGCGCCAUACACACACAUACAGCGACACACACGCGAACUGUUCUGUCUUCGUGUGACAUUCAUAUUGGGCACCGUUUAUUUUUCUCUCGAUGCAUAACAAUCUCUCUUUCAUAUUCAAAUAUUAAAAAUAAGAACGAAACAAACGAAAAUACACUGUACUGAUUGAGUGUGGUUGUCGCAAUAAAAAAAAAUCGUUUUCAUCUAAUUGGUUAAAUUGAUUUUGAGAGCAGCCGAAAAAAAAAAUAAACGUCUAAUACGGUGUCCUAUAGACUGUGUUAUUUUGUAGGAAUAAAAAAAAGUGCUCCGUUCAUAAGGAGAAAAGGAAAAAGGAGAGAAAAAAAAUUGCAUAAAACGUCGACCGAAAAAGAAGAAGAGCCACAUACAGAAUUUAUUGACUUUUGUUGGUGAACAUCGAGUUGGUGACUGUUGUAAGUGUGAGAAAAAAAAAGCGGAACCGAUUCAGCAACGUAUCGAACGAAAAAGUUUGACUGAAAACUGUCAGAUCAUACGAUGUGAAUGAUUAAUUCGUGUAUGCACUAAGCAAUCGAUAGCGCAUAUUUUUUUCCAUUUGAUUUUACUCUUAGUUCCUCUUCACAAACAAACCGUGAAUGAAUCGAUCGGUGUGAGUAUAUAUGCAAUUUUCAUGUGCAAAAAGCGAGAACUACAGAAGAAAAAAGCAAAAAAUCAUCGGUCAUAAGAGCUUGAACGAAGGGUAUAGAUAUCCAAAGUAGUGCAAAUCAUCAGGCUCAUAAACCAGAGCCCAGUGCGAAUCAAUUUCGUGAAUAAGUGAACGAGCGAGCGAGUGAGCGCGCGACACGCCGGUCACACCGAUAUAUAAUUAAACGAGCUGCUAUUUUUCUUUCUUCUCGUUCUUCAUCAUCAUCAUCGUCUCGUUCUCGGGUCGGUCGUGAUAUUCGUUUGCGGUGUGUGAUCGGUCGUCUCUGUUUUUCUGCUGCAUUCCUUUUCAAACCGAGACAAACGAAGCAGCGCGUUUUUUUUUUCUUCUGUUCAUUCAAUUUCGGUGUGUGGUGUCGACACCGAUGCGGUUUCAAGUGAAUCCGACUCUAUUCAAAAUACAUACCAUUUUUUUCGUUCGCCUGAACUAAAUACACCGACCGCGAGCCGAACGAGCAAAAGAGGAAAAGAAAUAAACGAACGAAUAGUUCUAUCUUGUUUUUAUUGUGUUUUUGUUGCUGUUGAUUUUGGUGUGAAGUGCGCGGCAGCGGCGGCGGCGACGACGACGGCAGCGUUGACAGUGUCUGUGUGCGUAUCGUGUUGGUUUUCCGUGUACGUAUGGACUUAAGACAGACAUACAAAGUGUAAAGUGCAAAAUCGGGAAAAGAAGAGCAACGAAUGAAACUAAACACACAAUUUGAUUCCAAGAGAGCGCAACAUAUUUACAAAACCGAGACACCAAAACGGUACGGGCAAAAUAGUCGAAACGGAUAGUGAUUAGAAGGAAAACCAAGAGAAAUAUAACAAGAGAGUGAGAAGAAAACACAUACACACGCGAUUUGCUUAUCACCGGUCACCACAAAUCAAUAUACACAAACUGUAAAAAAAGACAUUGACAAAAAAAAAGAAACGUUCAACGAAAAAUCAACACAAGAAUCGUGCUUCCUUUCUCUUUUUGUGGACUUUUUUUUCUGCCUUAUUGCGGCGUUUGACAGCAGCAACCAGACGUUGACCGAUGGCCAACCAACAAAACUAAAAUCGUUUCAAUCAACAAAUUCAGAUUGGGAAAAAAAAUCGGUUCAAUGCAACAUUUGAACUAAAAAAAAUCGUUUCCGCCAAUCGGCAAACUGUAAAAAGAUCAUUUUCAAAAGCAACCAGCAAAAAGUCAGAAUUUUUUUUUUUCAAAAAAGUGAACUAAAAAAAACGACUCGGCCAUUUCACCGGCAUUUUGCAUCAAUCAAAUCGAUUUUCAGUGUUUCAGUGUGUGUCGAUCUGUGUGUAGAAUUUGCGCUACAAUCUGUUUUCAUCGAUGCGUCGAUCGAAACAUUAAUUCACGAACCGAAUCGAACGAGUGAGAGAGAGAGAGAGAGAGAGAGAGAGCGAAAAAGACAACGAAAGCGGCGGUGGCGGCAACGUUAUGUACAACUAAGAAUCAGCAUUAUGGUUAAUCGAAAACAGAAUCCACUUGCAAUCGUGUCGUGACAAAUGAAAGCAAAAUAAACAGGCCACAUCAGUGACAGUAGUUGAAAAAAAAAAAAAACAAUAAUAACAAUAAAAACGGCCACCACUACCACUACCACAACCAUAACCACACCAACAAUAAAUAUUAUAAAUAAAUCUGUUUUCGGUUGGAACCAAUUCCACCGGAUUGACAAAGUCAUAGAAGUGAAAGAAAAAAAAGGAGUCGCGAAUCGUUGACUUUUUUUCGUGUUGAGUUGUUAUUUUCCUCGCCUUAUACCCAUACACUUUUUUUUUGUUCGGUUGAUGCAUUGCCGCUAAAUAAAAGCGGUGUUUUAAUUUCUUCUGCAUUCGUGUACGGUAUUCCGAAUGAAAUUUUGUGUGUGUUUUGAUUGUUCGGCUUGGAAAUUACUUCUUGGUUAAUUUCUUUGUGUUUUUUUUUGCCUUCUUCGUGUGUAUAUGUGCGAACAAUCAUUUUUUUUUGCUGCCAUUCGUCAUCAAUAUUUUGACAUAUGUGAAAUAGAAUAAUCAUUUAUCGGUCGAUACCGGGCGCAUAGACACAAACCAACAACUUUUUUCUUUCUGGUUCGAAGAGAAGAGAGACAACAGCAAAAAAAUCGAAACGUAUAGUUGUCACUUGCGAAAAGACUGUGAAAAGAUAAAUUGUGUGAUAUAUUUAACGAGGUAAAGUGAGCGAUAGAUACGCAGCAAACAUGAUAGAUACAGCCGAUCUGCAGGCAUUUCUUGAGAAAAUUCAAGGAGGCACCAUUCCAGUGGACUUACUGAAAAUUGGACAAGCACAUUAUGCACAAUAUGCAAAUGCAGCAUCGAAAAAUAAAUACAACAACAGUCAUCAUGGAAAAUUUCGAAUUGCACUUGAUAUCGAAGACUGUCUGGACCGGUUCUAUGGCGGUUAUUACUCAGAUUGGGCGUGCGGUGGUCAAUGGAAUCGUGCCUAUCAAUUUGUUCGAUUGUUGGUCGAUGCAUUCAAUGCAGCGCACAUUGAAUUGAUUGCAUUUUUCGAUGGUACGCUGAAAGAGAAUAAGAAAACGCAUCCGGAUCGUGUGGAAAUUCGCCAAAAGACCAUAUCCGUAUUGAAGCAUAUACGAAUGAUUGGAACGCCACCGCCGAAAAUUUGGUGGAUUCCACCGUCUGGUCUUCGAACAUGUUUACGUAAUGCUCUACGCAGUAUGAAUGUUAUUGUGGUUCAAACGGUAUACGACCAUACAAUGGAAUUAAUCGACUAUUUUCACGAAUACAAAUUGGAUGGCAUUCUUGGUUUGAAUGCGGACUAUGUGAUUGCAAACACAUCCAAAUAUUAUAGUUCUCAUGAUCUUCGGCUGUCAUACAAAGGUGCAUUGGAGACGAAAGAGUAUUUGGUCUCGAAAUUGCUGUCGAAUUUGAGCUUAACACCCGAUCAUCUGCCGUAUAUGGCGGUUUUCCUUGGCGGCUACAUUCUCAUCGAUGAAACGAUGCUGCGUGCGAUUUAUAAGAAGAUUAGCAUUGAUUUUACCACCGAUUUUGAGGGACGCAUUCGAAAAUUGGCGGAAAUCAUCCGUAAUUCACCAACCAACGACAUCGAUGAGUUUAUUCGUCAUUUGGGAUUGGAAGAAUGGGCCAAAGAACUCAAGGAAUCCGUUGAAUAUUUCAAGCGAACGGCCCGUUUCUCUACCAGUAAAAAGUUCUUUUCGGGCAAGCGAAAGGUAGUGAUUGAAAUUCAGCGUAUCAAUGAAAACACACCGAUGGCACCGUUAGCAUCUGAGACAAGCGAGGGUGAUGAAAUUGCCCGAAAAAUACUGCAAGACGUAAGCAGUUUGGUGGAUGAUGCCGAAACGGUAAACGUUGCAUCGGCUGAGGCAUCGACAAGUGCUGAAACGGGUGCAGCUGGAACCAGUGAUAACAAUCAAAACAAAGCGAAUGGAAGUCAAGGUGGUGCGGUAAAAAAGUCAUCGACUUUUGUGUAUGCAUUGCCGGGUGAAGUGCUGAAGACAUCAUUGAAUCGCCAUCAACGCGGUAUCAUGGAUUCGCGCAUUUACCAAUUGCUGACCAAAAAAGAAAUCAUCCUACCUCAGAUUUUAGAGGAUGAGCAAUACCGUGAAAUCCCAUCGAUUCAUCUGUUUUAUCGUCCAGCUCGUCAGAUGAUCUAUGCGAUUCUCUUCAAUUUAUACCAUCAGAAAUAUUUGUGUUCAAAAACGUUGGGCGGUCAAGCCAAAGAUAAAUCAAUGGCCGCCAAUCGUUCGUCAUCGUCGUCGUCAUCUGCAUCAAUUGUGCCCGAUGUGCUGGUGUCCGAAUGGAUGUGGUCACCACAAAAUGAGUACAAGAAAGCCGAUCAAGUGGCAGCUGUACAAUUACCUUGGGCAGUGCCCACCAUUCAACGUUUAUGGUUUGGUAUGGCAUUCGAGGAUAAGCAGCGUCGUAUGAAGGCAUUUUUAACCGUGAUGCGGUCCGAUACUCCGUUAAUGUUAAAUCGAUCCUAUGUGCCACAGCAUAUGUUGGUGUUAGCCUGCGUUUUGCGCUACAUCAUUACCAGUCCGGAGCGAAAAAUUCUCAGCCGCUUGGAGCUGGAUGCAUUUUUGGCCACCGCCUUUUCGCCCGACAUCAAUAACGUAGAUUUUACACAAGAACUUGUGCUUCCAGGUGUUCAUUUACGUGGCGUUUAUUUGGCUACUUUAUUCAUGCAAGGCGUUGAAACCGCAUCGUUGGCCAACGAUGCUUGCGGUGUACCGCUGCCAUGGGUCAUGACCAAUCCAUGGAUUUUUUUCGAUGGCAAAUUGUUUCAUUUCAAAUUGAAAAUGUCAACGUAUGUUCCAACACUUCGUGAUUUAUGCGACAACCAAAUCGAUAUCGUGCUCAAAAUUGAUCGCUUCCGUAAAGCCAUUUUAGAGGAUGUCGAACACUAUCUUCUGCCAGCUCACAUGGACCCAUUGUAUCGAGCCGGUUUCAUUCAAAAUGCUUCCAUGCCACAAGCGUACGGCAAAAAUCCAAUUCAUUCGAUUGCAAACAUUCCACAAAUGGCCAAUGGAUCAUCAUCAGCGUACUACAACUCCGUCAUUCAACAUCAAGUGCAGCAACCACAUCAGGGCUCACCGAACUACUUUGGCCAUGUGUCUGGCCGAAAUAAUGCCAAUCAUCGGUUCAAUAGUAAGGUACAACAACAACAGCAUGAGCAUUUAAUGGGCGGCUAUCAAUUGAAAGUUGGUGGUGUUGUUGUGGGUUCAUGGGCUGGUGGCAGCGUACCAAAUCGUAACAGUGGGAAUGGUGUGCAGGCACGCUUGAACCGUGCUGCCGUAGCAGCUGCAUCUGGUGGUGCGGUUGCCUCGCAUCUCAUGCGCUAUCCAAUGAAUCCACGUGGCCGGGUCGGUCCAGUCAAUUUGCGUUUGCAACGUAAUUUAGGCGCUGGACAGCAUAUUGCAUCGUUGGGCCGAACCAUUUCACGUAAUACAUACGGCAACAACAAAGUCAAUCGACAGAGAAAUCGCAAUCGUAAUCGCAAAAAUGAUCGCAAGAAUCAAAAACCGGCCACUGACAACCCAGAAAAUGACGCUGAUGAAACGAAGUCAUCCGAAUCAGAUGCUGCCAAAGAGGGCCAAGAUGCGGAAAAUGGAAAUGGAACAACAAAUCAAGCAUCAAAUCUCGCAAAAUCGAUGUGUCACGAAAUCCUCAAAGAGGAAGAAGAUGAUGAAGUGUCAUCGAUUGAUGAUGUAUUGAAUAAAAAGCAUGUGGACGAUUUGCUGGACGAGCAAAAUGGUAACAUAACUGCCAAAUUGACAAAUUUAACGCUUAACGAAAAUGCCACCGAUGCAGCUGUUAACGGCAACACUAUUACCAAUGAAAGUGAUGGUUUAGACACUACGACAACACCUACGACAAUGAUGACAAAAACGACGACGACGACAAAGAAAAAGUCAAAGAAAGGAACGAAUAGUAUUAAAUUGCCGUCAACGGGCGUGGAAUGCGAUUCAAACGACAAUAAAUUGGACAAUGACAGCACUGGAAUUGCACAGCAAUACAGCAAUACAGGUGCUCUGGACGCAAGUGAUGAUCAGUCAAGUAUCAAGGACGAUGUGGUCGAUGUGCAUGCAUAAAUUGCACACAAACAACCAUUAUAUACCAUUGAUCUAAAGUUGUCUUUCAAAGUCAACACCAUCUCAAACACAAAAGAAAAACAACCACAACAAUCCAUUUAAUGAUGUUACGAAAAGGAAUACAACUCUCGAUGUUCCCCUUCCCUCCAACAACCAGCAAGAAAAACACCUCAUUUUUCCUCUAAAUAAUUUGAUUUGUGAAGAACUCAUCAAAUUCAAUUGAUGCCCGAAAAAAAAAAUUAAACAAAUUAUAUCAAAUCCAAUCAUAUAUACUAAUCGCAUGAUUUAGUUUGCAGAAAAUAACUCUAACAUUUACUGAAAAUAAAAUUUAGCAUCAAAGCAGCAAAAAAAAAUGAGAAUAAAAUAGUGGAAAAAGCAAACGAUUUAGUUAGAAAAGAGCGCAGAACGAAAUGUUUCGUUUGAAAAAAAUAUCUAUACACACACGCAGUUUGGGCACAGCAAUACAUUAUAUUUAGUCGCUUUUGAAUUUAAUUUUCAUCUCUAAUCAAAAAGUAUAAAAAAAAAUACAAGCAAAAGCAUAUAUUUUAUUUGCAUGAAAAUAAAUAAACAACAACAAUUAUACUACACAUAAUAAAAAUUUAACCGAAUUAUAGAAUAUUUGUGAAUCCGAUCAAUAAAAUUGAGAUGGAGGAAAAAAAA